CAGUGUUAACCAGUGCGGAAGUUUGAGUAUUGAACAACCGACUAUACUGGGAAGAAAUGUUACAUUUGCUUUUACCCCUGACACAAAAGAUUCAAACGCUAUACUGGAAUGGCAGCGAACAAAUAAAAGAAACCCAUGGGCAACACUUCCUGUACAAAUACAAGUUUACACAAUAUUACCAAGAAGGGACAUAUUACUUAACUUUAACUGACACAGUUUCUGGCGAUGACGAAAUUUAUUACCGAGUUCAUUAUUACAACGAGAGUGUGCAUUGUUUAAUGGAAACUGCAAGACUUGCUCUUCGAGAUAUAUCAAAUAAUUUGUGCGGGUUUGUUUACUUAAGAACAACUAAAGCGAUAGAGGAAGAGAAUGUAAACUUAGAAUAUUAUCCAUCGAAAAACGUUAUGGAUGAUCCAGAAAAAUUUGCACGACAAUGGACACUGUCCACAAAUGGAACGAGUAUUCCAGUUGAAAUGACGACUGGUGUUUAUAAAGAAGAAGCCAAACCAAAUGAUAAAUAUCUAUUGACAAUAUUUAUGGUCAGUGAUAGUAUGACCGGUGAAUAUUUUGUUAAUUGUGGCGAAACAGCGGGAUAUUCAAAUAUGGUAGAGGUUAUGAUACUAGUUCCACCAAGAGCACCAGCGUUUGAAGGUUUAAAGGACAUAGACGACUGUAAGGGGUGUAUUGUUGGUAAGGAUGGUGAACAGUUCAGCGUACUCUGCAAGACAAGUGGUGGUACACAGCCAAUUAAAGUCACCAUGUCGAUAGGGAAUGAAUCGCUAAGCCCGCAACGAUAUAAUGAAACAGAGGGUUACAUGGCAUUUUUUACUCUUUACGACAGACACCAUAUGGCAAUUAUAACAUGCGCAGUAAUGAACGAUGCAUUAACCUCACCUUUAAUCAUCACUGCACGUGUGUAUGUAAUAAAGUCACCAACAUUCCAGUUGUUUGCGGUACCGGAACUUCUGAAGGAAGAUGAAACUGUUAAAAUAACUUGCGUAUUGAAAAGUGGCAGGCCUGCUCCAAAAGUGUUUUUCAACAUUUCUGGUACGGAUGUGUCGUCCGCAGACCAGACGCAUAAUUUCAAUUCAUCUACAUAUCUUGUUCAUCUAACUAUAUUCAAGCGAAUAUGGAACAGAGAAAACAUCAGGUGUUGUCGAUUCAAUGAAUGGUACAAGAAAGCCAGUGAGUGUUCCGAACCGAAACACGUUACUUAUCUUUUUCCUCCUUCUAAACUUAAUCUUCAAGUUAGAUUUGAAGAACAUUCGCAUGAAAUGUAUGCUGUAUGCACAGUCUACGAUUCAAACCCAGCAUGUGAGGCAAAAUUUAGUGCAUCUAGCGGAAUAAUUGCUUCCGACAGAUACAACAGAAACAUAAGCCGACAUCACCGAGCCUGGGAUACGGAACACGCAGUAAAUUUGAACGUCAGUAAAAACGACAACGGUGAAGUGAUUUCAUGUAAAGCUUACUGUCAAGAAUUCCCUGAUGAUCUGAAAGACACAAAGAUUAUCACUUUACCAUAUUCGCCUAUCAUCGAAUUCAACAUAUCUGGUUCUGUACUGAAUAUAUCUGAAGGUGAACAGGCACAUGUAAAAUGUUCAGCAGAAAGCAUUCCCGUGUCCAACAUUUCAUGGGUUGAGCAAACUGAUGUUGGAAACAUAACUAUGAAACAAUGUCAUUUGCAAGCAGACUGUGCCAUAGUUAUUGAUGUACACCCUAUCUCACAACGACAUUUUAUUUGCAAGACUCAUUAUUUACAAACGACUAAGCAGAAAACCUUGACAGUAAACAUUUUUGAGAAAGAUGAGCAACGUUACAACAACCAGGAGAAUCCCGUGUCUAAUGACAAAUCGUUUAUCUGGAUUAUUCUUGGCUCUUGUUUAUCUGUUAUUGUUGUUGCGCUCAUCGUAUAUCUUAUUGCAAGGAAACAACUGAGUAACUCUAAAGCAAAACAGGAAGUCAAUCGAGUGAGAAACAGUGAAGGUGGUGAUGAAGCGAGAGAAACUGAAGACGAACCGGAAGUUCAUUUGCAAGAAUAUUUAAAUGAUACGUCGUGUGGCCAAUCAGAAGUAAUAUACGCUCAGCCUGACAAAAUCAAGAGGAAACCUAGUGUCAAUGCAACGUAUUCAGAAACUGAUAAAACAGGAAAUCAAAGUUAUUUAGCCAGUUGUUCAAAAGAGACCAAGCCAGCGCAAGACGGACAUCUUCUGUAUGUUGACCUUGACUUUGAUUCCACUGGCGCGCCGCCAAAGAGUACAAUAGCCAAGCGUCGAAACUCUCCUACUGAAUACGUUGCUAUUGAUUUUGUAAAGACAGCAGCUGGAAAGACAGGGGAAAGCGAAUUACCGGAGAUGGAAACUAUUUAUGCAAAUCAGUAGAUUGAAAAUCAGACUCUACAUAAAAAUAGCAGUACAAAUAUGACAACACCUUAAAUCCCUGUCAAAAUUUGACAUAUAAAGAAUGGAUAUUUCCUAGUUGAAUAUCUAACUAGUUAUAUCAGUAACUUAUUUGUCGGAAAUGGUGUAGUCAAAAGAAGUACUAAGUAAACAGACCCUAGCUUUUUCCACUUGUUGCACGUUUUCAAGUAGAACAGAUAGAUACUUUAAACACAUUUGUUCACUGUUAGAAUAUACACUGUAGGAAAUGAUGGCAGCUUUUUUAAUCGAAACCGAAUGUUGGGUGUUAAAAGCCAAUAUAUGCCUAUUUUAGGGUCACGGAUCAUCAAUGACUGGCAUUUUACUACACUAUCCCCUGUUUUCUCAAUUUGUUUUUGUCAGUUUCGUUUCUAUCUGAAUUCUGUCCUUGGAUAUUUCUGCAAUUCUGAAGUACAAGAGUUUCAUAAUGUUUUAUGGGAACAUUGUCGAAUGACUCAAACUUGUGAAACAUGUGCGUCUGUAAGUCUGUAACCUGAUGAAUAAUAUUCUAUAGAUAUUUGUACGGCGUAAAAAUGCUUGUUUCCGGUAUCCCGACCU